AUGGUUGUUUCCCAACACCUGUCUUCUAAUGGUGCUAUGUUUUCGGAUCCCACUCUUUACCGAUCUCUUGUUGGUGCUCUCCAGUAUUUGACUAUCACGCGUCCCGAUAUUGCUCACGCUGUAAACUUUGUCAGUCAAUUUCUACACUCUCCGACUAAAGACUACUUUCUUGCUGUCAAGUGCAUUCUUCGCUAUGUUAAGGGCACACUACAUUUUGGCCUCACUUUUCAUCCAUCUGUUGCUCCUGGUGCUUUAGUUGCUUACUCUGAUGCCGACUGGGCAGGAUGUCCUGAUGCUCGUCGCUCUACCUCUGGUUAUUCUAUUUACCUUGGUGACAAUUUGGUUUCCUGGAGUGCCAAGAAGCAACCUACUGUUUCUCGCUCCAACUAUGAGUCUGAGUAUCGUGCCCUUGCUCUCACUGCCACCGAAAUUCUUUGGCUCACGCCAUCUCCUUCAUGA